CAUGAUCCAAAAAGGUGCUCUCUUUAUAUUCUUCUCUUCUUUUCUCUCUCUGUCUUCUUCUCCUUCUUCUUCUUUGUGUGCAAAUGGCUUUUUUAUCUGCUUCUCUGUCGGCCAACUAGAGUAAUUCUUGAUUGAAUCUUUGAAAGAAAGACACCCAAAGAAAGAUUCAUCAGUGUCUUCUUUUUUUUUUUUCGUUUUGUCUUUUCUUUUUUAAUCCUAGUUAUCCUUUUUGGGGUCUUUAUAGGAGGAGAAUUUGGAGGAGUUUUUGUUUACAGAGACUUUGUGUGUAGUUAGUUACUGAGAGCUUGAGGUUUUUUCUUUUAUGGGCUCAAAGAGAGUGUAAGAAAAGCAGAGACUUUUUCUGUCUGUGUUUCUGUGUGUGGGUUUUCCUUGUUUUUGGUGGAUCUUAAUUUUGGAAGUAGUAGAAGUUUUGAUAGUGAACUCAAAACUUGGUGAAUUGAACAGUGGUUUUCUUUCUUGUGGAGAUAAAGUGAUUUGGUCUGAUCUUUUUACAAGAAACAAGCAAAAAGGAAGCUUUUUUUUUUUGCUUUAAUAUUUUGUUCAAUUAUAGUGUAUCCUAGAGGCAGAUUUUGGUGUUCAAAGCUUUUAAAGAGAGGCAAAAAAAAAAAAAAGAACCUGUUUAAAUUGGAGGAAGAUAUAGUUUUGGGGGGCUUUGAAUAUUAUUUAGUGAUGAAGAUUUAGCUGUAUUGACGGAAAAAAUGGAGGUUUUUGGAAUCUGAAGUUGGCUCUGUAAUGUUGAGGUUCUGUGGAAUUACAAAAUUUUGUUUUGAAUUCUCUUUCUGGUGAGGAUCAAAAGAAGAUCCUCACUGGAUAUUUUGUUGGACGUGGCAAAAAUUCUUAAUCACAGUGUCCCUUGAUCAUACAUGCUUUACAAGCAUUUACUUAGAGAGAAGAGAAAACGAAACUUUUACUGUUACAAUCAUUGUUUUGAUUGAGAUGAUUACGUUUAUGGACUCAAAAGAGAAACUGAAGGAGAUGGAGAAGUGCUUGGAUUCUCAGCUAUGGCAUGCCUGUGCUGGAGGAAUGGUUCAGAUGCCUUCAGUUAACGCCAAAGUCUUUUACUUUCCUCAAGGCCAUGCUGAGCACGCUUGUGGCCCUGUUGAUUUCAGGAACUGCCCUCGAAUACCGGCUUAUGUACUUUGCAGAGUCGCUUCUGUUAAGUUCAUGGCUGAUCCUGAGACUGAUGAGGUUUUCGCGAAAAUUAGGCUAAUCCCGGUUGGUACUAAUGAGCCUGAUUUUGAAGACGAUGGAAUUGGAAGCAUACAUGGGAAUGAAACACAGGAAAAGCCGGCAUCUUUUGCGAAGACAUUGACUCAGUCAGAUGCAAACAAUGGUGGGGGUUUUUCUGUUCCAAGGUAUUGUGCUGAGACGAUAUUUCCAAGAUUGGAUUACUCUGCCGAUCCCCCUGUUCAGACUAUUCUUGCAAAGGAUGUCCACGGGGAGACCUGGAAAUUUAGGCAUAUAUAUAGAGGGACGCCAAGGAGACAUCUUUUGACUACGGGAUGGAGCACUUUUGUGAACCAUAAGAAGGGCUGGAAAGCACAAGUGGAGAAAAAAAUCUGA